GUUGGAAAGACUUCCUUGGUGCUCCGAUUUACUGAUAAUAAGUUUGACAAAUCUACGCCCACGACAUUCCUCAACAUGCCAGUAACCACCACCGACGUCUAUGGUACGAAGGUCAAAUUUUGCAUCUAUGACGUGCCGGGCGCAAUUGAAUAUAGGUCCCUAGCCCAAGGAGUUUACGCCGGCAUCGAGGCUGCGAUACUUUGUUUUGACAUUUCCAACCAAGCGUCAUUUGAUGCUCUGUCAAGUUGGAUCAGUGAAAUCAAAAACGGUCUGCCGGCAAAUGGCGUGAAAGUACUUGUGGGUCUGAAGACGGACCUGACGAGACAGGUUCAAGCAGAGGCAGCUCGUAGCUUUGCCACACAGAAUGACUUUAUGUACAUUGAGGCCUCUUCCAAGAAUAAACCCAAAGAAGUGGCGGAAGUUUUUAAGCUAACUGCAGCAAAAUCGCUUGGCAUACCACUUCCACCACCUCCAGUUUGCGAGGAAUGCUUGUGGCUAUACGCCAGUAGAGUGCAGACCUGUUCGAUAAGGACGAGGUGCUCCCUGGCAUACGAGUCAGACCCCGCGGACAGCCCCAUCACCAGCAGGCUUUGCGUUGGGACUGGAAAGAAGGGAUUUGAUCUAAAAUAUGUAUUUCUUUUUCAUCUUUUUACGUCAUUAAUCAUUCCAGUCUACGGUAUGGACCAAACAAUUUCUCGAGCACGUUCACGACGUCUCCUCACGAUAAUCUCAAUGAAUCUCCACAGUCCAACCUCUGAUUGUCCAGAACCGUUUUCAUCAGAGCCAAAAGCUGAUCAUUUGCUUCAGAAAAAUCUCUCCUACCUCUUGCCACUAAAUCCUAAUGAUGAAGCUUUACUGCGAGAAGUGAUCACACCAGAAAUACUCCAAAAUUCAUACAAGCGUGAUAUUGCUCGUGCAGUUUCACUCGCAGAGCUCACAACUAGCUGGCUGUCUACAAAAGGACCAAUGACUUUUGAAGGAACUACAGUGACUGUGGAUUUUAAGUUGUUCCUAGAGCCCAUGUUGCGUUCAUUUAUACAAACCGUCUCUUACUACUCUGGAAACGCAGAGGAAAGUGGGCGCAUGUGGGGGUCCUUGGUACAGAGUGUGGCUAUCUGCAUCAGCAGUGAGCCUGCUAUUUUUGUCGCAAAACCACAAAAAAAUAGCCAGCAACCAAACUCGGUGGCUCCGAGUAACUUGUGCACACGAACGACUGAGGUAUUAGAAGGUGCCCGUCUCCAACCAAUCUCCUCUGUUAAUCAGAUGCUUGGCCUCUGGGCCCCUUUACAUUGUAAUCUUGGAUGUACCGUAGCCGGCCGAAAAAUACAGCUUCAUUUGAUCUUCCCUAUUCCCCACACGAAGUCUCUUAGAGACUGCCGCUAUGGAGACUUUCAGGUCGCCACAAACGAGUGCAAAAUGAUAGUCAUUAAUACGGUUUCAUAUGAUAUUUUCACUGUGGAGGAGGGAACCCUUCAGGGAUUCAUCCUGAAGGUCAAGAAACCCUAUCAGCACGACUCCCCAACCACCAAGAGCGUGAGUCGCAUGUCCGUCGACUUUUUUCUUCGGCUGUUUUUACAGUUAAACUGGACAACAGGUGACCUUGUGGCCACACGUCUGGUUUUCGAGUUUGAUCUUCGAAAUCUUACCCUUGAUCUCUGUGCAGCCGGGCUGGACUAUUGUAGACACAGUACAACGCAGUGCUUUUACCGACAAUAUCGACCAUGGCCUUUCGAUGUUGGAAAUUACAUUUGUCAAUGCAAGCCCGGAUUCUACACGGACCGUCCCGAAAACGGCUAUCCAGCGGAGUUGUUGAUACAAAACCAGCACAAAGGUGGCAGUGAUAGCGAAGGCUGCAAGAUCAAGGGGCUGGAUCGAAUGAGUUGCAAAGUCUGUCCUCCCGACUGUCCCAAUUGUACAUCCGGCACGCCAUGUGGCGUCGAGUACAACAUGCACCUUCUUCGAGGCAUUCCCCUCGCUAUCCAGACCUUUUCCAUCACAACUUGUCUCUUCCUUGGAAUUCUCUCGUUUCGGGUCCGUCGAACCCGUGUGUUCAAAGCGGCAAAUUGGAUGUUUUUAGAAAUCUUUCUGCUGGGAGCUAUACUUCUUUACUCUACGACCAUUGUAAUGUACUUCCGAGCGAGCAGUUCAACUUGUAUCCUGGUGCCAUGGUUUCGUGAAGUUGGAUUUGCUCUAAUGUAUGGUGUUCUCAUCGUCAAGUUGUAUCGAGUGCUGCUGUGCUUCCAGUCUCGAAAGGCUCAUCGGGUCCACGUGCGAGACAAAGAUCUUUUCAAGUACCUUGGCUGUUUCAUUGCCAUCGUGGCUGGCUACAUGUUCGCUUGGACAGCAGUCAGUCUAGAUUACACAGGUCUCCGAAAUCUUGUCGGUUUUCCCAUGCAAACAAGUUCACCCGGUUCGGCUCCUGUAUCACAACCUGGCUAUGACGACAUCUUGGUGAAAGGACGUGUUCGAACUGUGAUUACACCUACACCAACGUUUAAGUCUCCAUCCUUAGUAUUAGCUUCCAUCAAUUCAUCGGUUCUGCCAAAUACUUCUGUGAUGUCAAAUCGCACCUUGACAACGCAGAUGGCGACACCCAAUGUGCAUUAUCAGUACUUUCGUGUAUGCCGCGCCAUGUCUUGGGAUAUUGUGGUACAGCUCGGUGAGUUUGUCCUUUUGCAACUCAAAGCUAGUGAAAUAGCCAUUCUUCUCGUGGGAGUACAUUACUGUCGACUUAUUUGGUCUGCACCGUCAGAUUACAACGAAAAUAGAUGUAUUACGGUCGCCCUUUUGGCUGAGCUGGUCGGUUCUGGAAUCCUCUAUCUAAUCAGACCCUUCAUUUGGUAUUCCACACACCCAGAUGUAAUAUUCCUUAUCUACUUUGUGAGGUGUCAUCUUACGGUAUCGGUAAAUAUUGGCGUCAUCUUUGGCUUGAAGUUCUGGUACCUACACAAACCACCCUCCCCACAGGUAGGGGGUAUGGUUGUAGGAGUUGUGGGUGGUAGACGCGGUAUGGUAGGUGCCGUUCCUGGAGCAUCUGCUGCACCACAUUUGGUUCCCUGCAAUAAUAAACUCCGUUUGGCUUCCAAUGGGGAACUUGAUCUCGCUGAUGUCAAUCUUGCUGACAUGGACCCCGAAGUUAUUCGCCGAGAACUAAAGCGAUUGUAUACUGCAAUAGAGAUCUUUAAAACCAAAGCAAUGCGCCGGGACAACCCUCACAUCAGUAAACGGCGUGGCGGUCGUAAACAGCGUAGAUUUUCGCUACAGCCUUUCCACAAAAAACAUCACGGCAGCGGGGUCGGCGACUGUACCUCUGGUUACCAAGGUGACAUUAGUACGCUUAGCAACGCAGGUGCAGGCGGCAGCGCGCGGGGCGGGACCGGUGAUGGUGACCGGAGUACGUUCAGGUCAGCAACUGGAUCGAAAGGUUUGCGAGGCAGUUUAGUCAUGGAUGAGGAGACAUCACGCGUCUCUGAGGAGUCGCUAAACCUCAUUACAGAUAUCACAGAACAACGACAAUCGUCGUCCAGCCCCCAGUAUCAACAACGCCAAUUUUCUGCCAGUGGACUCAGAGUAAAGGGGCCGAGUAACGCUUCACAUUCGCACGAUUGCACGCGACUACGUGAAGACGGCGAUUGA